AUGUCUUUGGUAACCGAAGAAAUCAAAUCAGAAUCAGAGGUAUACUAUGGAGACGAAAUUUGUCGGGUGAAAUCCAAAGAGCUUCUGGAGGAAAUGUGUCUCCCCAAAGGUUUGUUACCAUUGAAAGACAUCAUUGAAGUUGGUCACCACAAAGAAACAGGUUUUGUUUGGCUGAAACAGAAGAAUAGCAUAACACACAAGUUUGAAAAAAUUGGAAAACUUGUCUCUUAUGCUACUGAAGUCAGUUCUUAUGUUGAGAAAGGUAAGAUUAAGAAAUUGAAUGGUGUGAAAUCUAAAGAGCUUUUUAUUUGGGUUACACUAAGUGAUAUUUAUGUUAAUGAUCCACCUACUGGGAAAAUCACUUUUCAAACUCCUGCUGGACUUUCUAGAAAUUUUCCAGUUUCUGCUUUUGAAGUUGAAGAGAAUUCAAGUGGUGUGAAAGAGCUUUAG